CUUUGACUUAUAGCUUUUACUCAUUUUUGUCUCGAGCUCAUUUUUUAACCAGUUCGAUCUGCCAUUUACUAAAAUCGUCCGAUUGUAUUUGACUGAAAAGUGGCGAGUUUGCUUAUUUCUUAAAUAGGCCACGGAAAGAUCCGAAAGUUAAACAAAUUCCAUACCGUAUCUCCCUUUUGCCAUUCGCCAAUCAAACAAAACUCAAACAGAUCUGAGCAAUCAAAAACGCCUCGAUAAAUAUCUCACCUCACACCAUUCAUUAGCCUUAAGGUUGAAACAGAGGUUGCAAUUCAGAAAAAAUAUAACCUUAUUUUCUCAAUUUAAUUUUUGAAAACUUUGCGGAUUUAACAAAACUCUGCCGAAAUGUCUAACUUGGCAUCCCAUAAACGGAAGUUUUCCGUCUUUUUGAUCGUCUCUGAAAUCCUCUUCCUAAUUGCGUUCGCCGCUCUUGUGCGCUACGAUGACGAUGCAGCUCCUAAGAUUGUUCAACACGAAGCGGAUAAUUCAGCUAAAGUAGUGGUAAAACAGGAGCCGGACACCCAGAAGCAAGAAGCGGACAUUUCAGCCGACAUCAAUCCGGCGGGUGAUGAGCCGGCUGCCGAUGAUCCGCAGGAGGAGUCCCAGAUUGAGGACUCAGCGGGACGAAAACUGAACGGUCUUUACCCGAUGUUCCAAGAUGUUCACGUCAUGAUCUUCGUGGGUUUCGGCUUCCUCAUGAUGUUUUUGAAGAACUACGGACUGAGUGCUGUGAGCUACAACUUCUUGUUGUCCGCUUUCGUGAUACAGUACGCAAUCAUAGUCGGAGGAAUCGCGAAGAUGGUUGUAGCUAAAAUAGACGGAGGUUCUCUCUCGGCUAUUUACAUCGGAGUCGACACGCUUUUCGAGUCGGACUUCACUUGCGCAGCUGUGCUCAUCUCGUUCGGAGCUGUCCUCGGAAAACUGUCGGCAUUCGAACUUCUUCUGAUGUCGACGUUCGAGGUUCUCAUCUUCAAAAUCAACGAGACAAUCGGAGUGCACUACAUCAAAGCAGCCGACAUGGGAGGGUCUAUGUUUGUUCACGUGUUCGGAGCCUACUUCGGCCUCGCUGUGUCUCGGGUGAUGAACGAAAUGAACCACCGAAACCGACCAACCGAGGGUUCCGACUACAAAUCCGACAUGUUCUCAAUGAUUGGAACUAUCUUCCUGUGGAUCUAUUGGCCUAGUUUCAACAGUGCACUGGCUACAGACGAGGAACGAGUGAGAGCAGUCGUGAACACCUACAUCGCCUUGUGCGCUUCCUGCGUGAUCACGUUUGCCAUCUCUGCCAUGACUGAGAAAGACGGAAAAGUGACGAUUGCACAUGUUCAGAAUGCGACUCUGGCAGGUGGUGUGGCCGUGGGUACUAGUUGCAACAUGAUGAUCCACCCCGCAGGGGCCAUGUUCAUCGGGCUGGCAGCCGGCGCUCUCAGUACAGUCGGGUUCGCUUACAUCCAGGGAUUCCUAGACCGAGUGAUUGGGCUGCACGACACAUGUGGUGUGAACAACUUGCACGGGAUGCCGGGUCUGCUGGCUGGACUGAGUGGAAUAGUGGCGGCCGCUUUCGCCUCCGAUGAAUCAUACGGGGACGCCACCAGGGUCUUCGGCGACUUCAAAGACGGCGUCGAUCAGGCGUUGCGACAGACGGGGGCCCUGCUGAUCACGUUCGCCCUGGCAAUAACGGGGGGACUUCUGAGUGGGCUGAUCAUCCGAGUGUUGCCGACCAGUUCUCUCACCAAACAACAGUACUACAACGACUCCGACUUCUUCACAGAUGUGCACUUCGACGACAUCGGCGAGUCGCAAAGCAUCAACAAACAGGACGAGUCCAACAUCUGAAGAGCUGUGAUCAGUCGACUAAAUUAGAAGUAUGAUAGACAAAUGGUCCCUAAAUUAUAGAUUUGAAAAAUAGGCCAAAUUAGAAAACACAAAAAACUUGGAAAAUAAAAAAAAUAGACCAACUCAAAACUACUUGAAAUGAAAAGUGCUAUUUGGUCAGGAGGAUUCAAACAGCUCGGAAAAAAUCCUUGGACCUGUAAAAAUAAAGUUAGGUUUAUAUUAAUCCGUGAAAGUGAAAAGAAAAUGAUGUAUCUCUGCCUGGAUAAAAGGACGAGUAAAUUAUCGUUUUUCGUUUUUAACCGGACCAGUCUAUCAUAUUUAUCUUUGCCCGACUUAAGAAUCUGAACUCAGAAGCUUCAUAUACAAAAACUGAACUCAGAACUACCGUGUGUGAAAUUAAAUCGAAAACAGUCAUUAAAACUAAUUAAUCCUCUAAAGCAUAUCCUUCGUUGCUCAAAAAACAGGACAUUAUUGUAUAAACCGAUCAUUGAGAUGCAAAAACUUGUUUACAAUUUCGUCUGUAUCUACUUUUUGGUAUGACACGUUUAUAAAAGUUAUUAGUUUAACUUAAAACAUGC